GGUCCCACUGCUUUAGUUCGCACAAGCAGGAGGAGAUUUGCUUGAAGAUAGACCGAAACCUGAAGCCCCGGGCUGGUUUGUUUGCUAGCCAGUACUUCACAGCUGUCAACCUGAGUCGCAAGUGGCAGCUACUGUGAGUAGCUUCUGUGCACUAUGAAGAAUUUUUCAUUUCCUAUGCAGGAUAACACACAUCAGACCGAGAGUCCUUCUCCUCACAGAUUCCCGGGUUUGACAAAUCAGUCAGAUCCUGUUGGAAGACCAGAAAGAGAUGAGCAAUUAGCUCAAGUAGAGAUUGCUGUGCUGGGGGUCAUAUUUCUGACAGCGUCUGUGGGCAAUUUUAUUCUCAUACUGGUGCUGUGGCGAAGAAGAAAGAAGCUCUCUAGGAUGUAUGUAUUCAUGCUUCACCUCAGCAUCGCUGACUUAGUGGUAGCCUUUUUUCAAGUGCUGCCUCAACUCAUAUGGGAUAUUACAGACGUUUUCAUAGGGCCAGAUUUCUUGUGCAGAAUUAUCAAGUAUCUACAAUUGCUGGGCAUGUUUGCCUCUACUUAUAUGAUAGUGGUCAUGACAGUGGACAGAUAUCAAGCAGUUUGCUACCCUAUGGUCACUUUCCAGAAGAAGAGAGCUCUCUGGAACAUCCCCAUUUGCACCAGCUGGUCUAUAUCACUGAUUCUUAGCCUACCACAGGUAUUUAUCUUUUCUAAGACUGAAAUAUCUCCAGGUAUCUUUGAAUGUUGGGCUGAAUUUAUUCAGCCAUGGGGCCCAAGGGCAUAUGUGACUUGGAUUUUUGUAGUUAUAUUCUUCAUUCCCUCAGCCAUCCUUGUCAUGUGCCAGGUUAAGAUUUGCAAAAUAAUCAAAAGAAAUAUACAUGUGAAAAAACAGAAUGAAUACGAAGUAACAAAUCAGAAGCAAGUCCUGCCAUCCCGAGCGAGCAGCGUGAACUGUAUUUCAAAGGCUAUGAUCAAGACUGUAAAAAUGACAGUGGUGACAGUUGUUGCGUAUGUUCUCUGUUGGUCACCUUUCUUCAUUGCACAGCUGUGGUCUGUGUGGUUCCCCAGUGUUGUGACUGAAGGUUCGGCAUUCACCAUUAUCAUGCUCCUUGGCAAUUUAAAUAGUUGCACCAACCCGUGGAUUUACAUGUAUUUUUGUGGCCACAUUCCAUAUUGCACAAAUAAGCAGCUGGAAAACACCUCGGCUCAAGAGGAAUCAGUGAUCACGGGGAGCAUUCAUCUCGUAGACAGAGACCCUGAGGAAAACAGUACUUCUACAUAAAUGUUGAAUGCUUUUUGUUGUUUUGUUACCCUUGCUAUGUUCACAAGGCCUAUUGGUAUUUUACCACUGUCCCUUGUUUUGUGGGUAAGGAAGCUGGAAAAGUGUCUUUUGUUGUGUAAAUAUAUUUCUCUGCAGUUCUGUAGCAUGUGCAAGAAGUUUCUGUGUUGUGCAAGCCUGGCUCAGUACUUCCAUCACCACUGUGGUAGCAGAAUGAAUUCUUGUAAAGACUGACAAAGAUACAUAAAAAUCUCUUAGACAUUUUACAUCCUAAAGUACUUUCUUUUCUGUGCACAGAUUUGUAAAUAAUAAAAUUUUACAACUAAUCCAAUAAAUUGAAACAUAAUUUAAACGGAAUCUGACAUAAUUAGACUUGAAUAUGUGUUCAAAUUGAACCAUGAACCAUGAACCAUCAUUCUGGUGUGAUUGGGGGACAGUUUGACAAAUCUUGAGAAAGUCUGAAAAAUCCAUUGCCAGCUAUUGUUAAUACCUGUUUUCAGUUAACUCUUUAUAUACUUUUAUAAAAUGCCUAGCAGCUUAGUAUCAUUUUUCUAAAAAGAAUUCAGUGCCCUUGUGACACUGAACACCUACUUCAGUUUCAAAUGCACUUGUGGCUCUCAGGAGGUCAGCAGCAGAGUAGCAGUCCAGGCUUGUGGCUUCACACCACAGGAUUUUAUCUUCCUUGCAUUCCCUGAUGUGCAAGCAGUUAACUGAAACUCCCCAGAUGUACACGCACAUGUAUACAUAUUUUAAAUAAAAAUAGGCACCAGGAAUGUACACUUUCA